GCGGAAUGUUUCUGCUUGUCCAGAAACUUUAACUGCGCCUGUAAAGAAGCCAGCACACCAAGCUGAAAGCCAAGCGAUGUCGUUUUGUAGUUUCUUCGGCGGGGAGGUCUAUAAAGACCAUUUUAAACCUGGGAUUUAUGCCUGUUCCAAGUGUGAUCACCACCUGUUCACCAGCCGCUCCAAGUACGAGCACUCAUCUCCCUGGCCAGCCUUCACAGAGACCAUCCAUAAGGACAGUGUGUCCAAACAUGAGGAGAGACCUGGGGCAUAUAAGGUGCGGUGUGGGAAAUGUGGAAAUGGACUAGGCCAUGAGUUUGUGAAUGAUGGGCCUGCCAAAGGACUGUCCCGCUUCUGAAUAUUCAGCAGCUCACUGAAGUUUAUCCCAAAAGAUAAGGUUGAUGGACAGUAAGGUGAGCCGUCAGAGGGAAGCGCUGCUGGACUGUUUCUCUGUGCUGCUGAAGGUGCGGUCAGUGGAUGAAGUGCCCUGGGACAAAGCCCAGUCUGGGACUGCCAGGGCUCUGAUGAAUGAUGGCCUCACUGGACAGCAAGAACAGAGGACUGGUCUCAACCCCUUUUAUUAUGCAGUCAUCUCACACUCUGUAUCCAGGAUAGCCUCACUGAUAACACAAUCACUGUCUUAUCAGUUUGACAUUUAUACUAUUUUCACUCUUGAGAGGCUUUAUGUAAAUGGAUCAAAAUAUCUGAUAUGCAAAUAAAUAUAUUUGAAAUUAAAAUAACACUUUAAUAAUUAA